AUGGAUAGCUCUAAGACACUGAGUGAUAACUUAGACGACUUCAAGAAACUCUCAUCAGAAUUUAAUAGUCUUGGAGAAAAGAUAGGUGCUGAGAAUGAAGCAUUUAUUCUUCUGAAUUCACUACCGGAAUCUUAUAGAGAAGUAAAAGUUGCUCUAAAGUACGGUAGGGAAUCCAUAACCACGGAUGCAAUUAUUUCUGCAGUCAAGACAAAGGAGCUAGAAUUGCAGCCUGUCGCCGUUACUACCGCUGCCACCACUAUUGCCGCCGCUGCUACAAUUACCGCUACCGUCACCGCAACCGUCACUGGUCCGCUUACCAUUGUCGCUACCACCGUUUCAGUUGCUGCUACUGUUCCCGGGACGUCUACUGUUGUCGAAGCUGACAAAUUCGAGAAAGACAACAAAACGAUCCUUGGGCAUCUUCUCAACCAUAUGAACAACUCUCUUUUUUAUCUCUUUGUAGUCCAAAAAUCUGCAAAGAUCAUUUGGGACAUGUUUGAGUCUAGAUAUGGUGGGGACGAUGCUGACAGAAGGAAGUACGUCGUCGGUAAAUGGCUUGAAUUUCAAAUGUCGGACGAUGAAUCGGUGAUGAACCAGGUUCAUGAGUACGAGAACCUAGUGGCAAGUGUACUGUCUAAAGGCAUGAAGAUGUGCGAGAUUCUUCAGGCCAAUGUGUUGCUCGAGAAAUUCCCUUAUUCCUGGAGUGAUUAUCACAACCACUUGAAACAUAAGAAGAAGGACCUGACUCUGCAAGAGCUGAUCAGUCACGUGCGCACGGAGGAAGCCAACAGGCUAAAGGAUAAGCUCUUUUUUCAAUCCCUAAAUUCAGUUAAAGCUAACUUAGUUGAAUCUUCUAGUGCUUCCAAAGACGGGUUCAAGAAUAAAGGGAAGCAAAUUGCAAAGGAUAAAGCUAAAAAGAACAAAGGUCUCAAACCUAAAAAUACUUGUGGAAGAAUCGAGAAAUCUAAACUGGUCUGCUAUGUCUGUGGAAAAUGA